AUGCUUGUGGACACGGAUGAUAAGGGUAUCGAGCGGUGUACAUCGCGGAGGGUAGUCGCCAAGGCAGUGGAGUACGAGCUUAACGUGCUGAUUCUUGCCACGGGCUUUCUGGUGGUAAUGGGGGAAAAUGUAGCGCCUGCUGAGCUCUUUAGCAUACCUGUUGCGGGCCGCAGCGGUCGCCAUCUCAAGGACAAAUAUAGGUAUCCUGCAUGGCAUCGCUACGCUACGAACGGCCUCCCCAAACUUCUCUAUCCCGGUCUCGGUGACGGACCAGGUUCACUAAAUCUCACUGUCGUUUUUGACUUAGAAUCCAGGCACAUUACCAAUGUUUUAAAAGAGACUGUUGGUCGAGUUUCGGAUCCUACACAGCUUGUCAUCGAGCGGACUAAGGAGGCAGAGAAUGCUUGGGUAGAACAAGUGGAGAGUCGGACGGUGUGGUACUCGGUCUUGCUCGCUUGCACACUGACCUACUUCAACCACGAGGGUGCCGCGUUGGUCCAUGUCUCGAGCGACCUUGAGAAGCGGCGACAAGCGAUGCGGAGGAUACUUCACGGAGGGGGAAUAGCUGUAUACGAUCGAGCUAUCCGCGAAUAA